AUGCCUCUGUGGCCCCAGAGGCUGUUCAACCUGACGCUGAAGAAGCUGAUCAUGUUGAAGGAGCUUGAUAAAGACCUCACCUCCGUGGUCAUCGCUGUCAAACUACAAGGUUCUAAGAGGAUCCUGAGGUCCAAUGAGAUAUUGUUGUCUUCCGCGGGGCUGACUGAGACAGAUCUUCAGCUCACCUUCUCUCUACAGUACCCCCACUUCCUGAAGAGAGAUGCCAACCAACUCCAGAUCAUGCUCCAGCGACGUAAACGUUAUAAGAACCGAACCAUCCUGGGCUACAAGACCCUGGCUCUGGGACUCAUCAACAUGGCUGAGGUAGGAACCCUUACAUAACCUCUAUUCAACCUUCACUUAAUCUCUAUUCAACCUCUAUUCAACCUUUAUUCAAUCUUCAUUUAAGGUCUAUUCAACCUUUAGUCAACCUCUAAUCAAAAUGUAGCUAACAGUGUAUUUAAACUAGCCUCUAGCAAACCCUCUAUUCAACUUUUAUCCAACCUUCAUGUAAACAGUGACAUGUUUAUCUAACCUUCAGUAAACCUCCAUGUAACUACAACACUGUCACCUUGUCACCUACCUGUAACCACAACACUGUCACCUCCCUGUAACUACAACACUGUCACCUCCCUGUAACUACAACACUGUCACCUCCCUGUAACUACAACACUGUCACCUCCCUGUAACUACAACACUGUCACCUCCCUGUAACUACAACACUG